AUGGAAAGCAAAACUUAUGCACCUGUAGAGAAAGUAGAUGGGGCUAAUACCAUGUACUAUCAACAGCCAAAGGACGUGUUGUUAGAGAAAUUAAAGAAGCAUAUCAGAGCUAUGAACUGGCUGAUCUACAACAAUGGAAAGGACGUUUGUUACAAUUGCAAGGAGGAAGGACAUUUUGCUAGUCAAUGUCCCAACGAGCAAAGCUACACGAAGAACCUGAGAUGUUACAACUGUAACGAAUUAGGACAUUUUGCUAACAAAUGUCCCACUCGACAAGCAGACGAUAGCAAGGACACACAGGCGAUUUUAACCCGUAGACCAUUAUUUCCACCUGUCGGAGGAUUUUCUGACAGCAUACCACCAGUACCACCACGCAUGUACAAAUGGUCAGAUAUUGCAGAGGUGAAGGAAAACACCGUCAUCUUUGGUUUUGGCUCUGUACCCUCUGUUGAUCCGCGACAAGGUUUUGUUCCACAGAAGCCAACUGCUGGGGUACAAGUGCCUCAGGGGAAUACGGUAGAGAAUCAGGAUACCCCACCACAAACCGAGGAACAGGAGACUAAGAAGGAUAAGAAGCGUUUCACACCCAAACGAAAAGCUAGUAGUAAGAAGAGCCAGGGAGAAUCAAAGCAGAAGCAGCCAAAGUUAUAA